UGAGCUGCAGCCCCACACCUCCCCGCACAUGUGCGCCAGGAAAAUCCACAAACGCCAGAGGUUCACGUCCAAAAAGGAGACAGAGGAGUCCUGCAACUUUAUUCGAAUAAAGGCAGGGAGUCCAUUGGGACACACGCCCGCAGGGCUUUCUCUCUCUCACGCGUGACACAAAAGGGGCACUGCUAAAUACGGCGUCUGGAGCCAGUCCGCGCUGCCUGUAAAGCUUUGCUGACCCAGCGCAGCAAACCUGGAGCCAAAAACCUCCCAGUCCGGUGCCAGCAGGGCCCGGGGUGCUUCCGCAGACCAGCGGGGGCGGAGACAGGGAGACGGCCGGCCCGGAACCGGCAGGGCUGGCCCGGAGCAGGACGGCGUUGGACAUGGCGGCGCCCACAGCGCUGCAGCGGAGCGUGGUGUCCCCAGCGGGCAGGCACACCGCCUCCCUCAUCUUCCUGCACGGCUCAGGUGAUACUGGCCAAGGAGCAAGAGCAUGGAUAAAACAAAUUUUGAAUCAAGACAUGGCAUUCCAACAUAUAAAAGUAAUCUACCCAACGGCUCCUGCCAGGCCAUAUACACCUAUGAAAGGAGCCUUUUCUAAUGUGUGGUUUGACAGGUAUAAGAUCUGUAAUGACUGUCCUGAACACAUUGAAAGCAUUGAUUCCAUGUGCUGGGGCCUUACAGACCUGAUCAACGAUGAGGUUAAGAAUGGUAUUGCCAAGAACAGGAUACUCAUAGGAGGCUUUUCAAUGGGAGGUGGAAUGGCAAUGCAUUUGGCCUUUAGGUUUCAUCAGGAUCUGGCAGGAGUCUUUGCCUUGUCUAGUUUUCUGAAUAUAGACUCUGCUGUUUACCAGGCUUUGAAAAGAAAUGAAAGUGCUCUUCCAGAAUUAUUUCAGUGUCAUGGAACUGCUGAUGAGCUAGUUCUCUACUCAUGGGGUGAAGAGACCAACAAGAUGUUAAAAUCUCUGGGAGUAUCAGCAUCGCUUCAUACUUUUCCAAACCUCAAUCAUGAGCUGAACAGAACUGAAAUAGAAAAAUUAAAAUCCUGGAUUGUAAAGAAAUUGCCUGUUGAAGCACCAAAGGCAAAUGAAUAAAUGAAGAUCCAGCCUCAUAGGUUCUGAUUUUUCAUAGUUUUAAAAUUAUGUGUUACAUAUAUAUGGGUGUCCCAUAUCCCUUAUACAAGAUUCAGGCAGACACUUCUAUAUUCCAUAAAGUUCACCUAAGAGGUGCUGACCACUAAACCUCACUUUAUUAUAUGGGUUUCUUUUUCUGUUUUCUUGUCCAGAUUUCAAGCACAUGUCAGUCUACAAAAAAUGAUUACUGAUAAUAUUAAAAGCAUUCCAAAAUAAUCAAAGCAAUAUUCAGGAAGCAUUGCUGUGAAUCUCCCAGAUAAUUUUUUUUUUUUUUUUGGGAGUAGGGGAUUGGGCAGGGAGAUGUUUUAAGAUGGAAAAAUAUACAGUGGCAUGGUUGUUUCUAAUGGCAUUACAGCAACAAAAAGGCCAAAUAUUAAGAUAAUGCAUUUUUACUUGUACAAAUGCAUGCAUCUAUUCAAGUUAGUUUAGUGAGAGGGCUUCAGCUGGAUUCUCAGCAUGUGGGAACAAACUUGCCUCAAAGCAGAGCUGUAUGUCACCUGAAAAAAAAGGGGUUUGUGUUAUAUUUUAAAAAGUCCUAAGUAGCUGUGUCUAGCUACACCACAGGCUCUUGUUGUUGCCCUUUUUCAUUGUUUUGUUACUCAGAGAUCUAGGUUUGUGUGAGUUUAUUGAGCCCUCUGUGGUUUGCAGUGUAGAUUUAAAAUAAAAAAAAAGUAUCAUCAUGA